AUGACCUCGCCCAACUCGCCUAAAACGCCUAAGGCCGACUAUACCAUGAUGGAGCGUGGCAAGCACUUGAACACGCAGCCAAGUCUCCCGAUUAACGGGAAACAGCACUCUCAAGACAUGUGGGAGCCCACUUCGGCGCGUUCGACCGACUUCAUCAGCGACUUACAGUCCGUUCCGCCUCCGUCAAAAGAGUCGUGUCUUCCGUCUCCACUUCGGAAACUCGCUCGUGCGUGGCUGGUGCUGCGUUGGCAACUAACACGCAACUUGUUCUCCGUGCCGUUGCCGCUCUUGACGUCGCUGUUUGACGUCAAGCUCGGCGAUCUCUUGAUCACUCUCCCGAUCUGUAUCGUGGAAAGCAGUGGCAACCCCCCAACGUAUGGCCUCUUAGUUGUGUUCAUCCUUACCGUCCGUAACAACUCGGUUCUUCUGGCACUGACCGGUAUCUCGUACGAACGCGUACUGUUCUACCACAAGCUUGCCGCGUUCGUGACCAUCAUCUUGUCGGGUCUUCACGGUCUUGCGUAUAUCCUCGCAUACGACAAGGGAGAGAUCUCUGGAGAAGGAGACAUGGUCUUCACUGGAACUGUAGCGUUCGGUGCUAUGGUGCUUAUGUUCGUGUUCUCCUUGGGCUUCGUGCGUCGUCGCUUCUUCGAGUUCUUCUUACGCACUCACUGGAUCCUCUUCAUUGUCGUAUUAGUGUUUGCAGUCAUGCACGGAGCUUCGACUGCUCUCAUCGGUGUCGUUCCUUGGGGUAUCGACAUGGUAUUCCGUCACGCGUACCGUCCUCGUGUUUACGCACACGGCUCUAUCGUUUGCGGUAAGCAAUCGUCACCGCAAGAUUCUACAGACAAGAGCAUGGGCGUUAUCGCACGCGACCAAGUCUCCAUCUCGACGCUACCUGUCUUCCUGUGUGUCCCGACUAUUUCGAGUCUAGAGUGGCAUCCGUUCACAAUCGCUUCGUCUCCUCAUGAGUCGAUGGUGACGUUGUACAUCAAGGCACUUGGGGACUGGACGAACAAGCUACAGGCACUUGUUGCUGCCUCGCAAGUGACUUCCCCGUUCGAUAUUCUGGUCGAUGGUCCGUACGGGAGCGGCUCGAUUGACAUCAAGACGCCUACUACGUACUCGCACUUUGCGCUGUUCUUCGGUGGCAUUGGUGUGACCCCCAUGCGUUCAAUCGUCAACUGGCUGCACUACGAGGUUCACCACGAAGGUCGCUCGAACGUUGAACGCGUCCAGUUCGUCUGGUCCGUUCGAGACCUAGAGAUGGUCCAGGGUCUUGUCGUUGACGAGGCUAAUGGCUUUGGAGACUACCGGGGUGAAAAUUACUUCCCGCAUGGGAUCGUAGGCAACCGUGACGGUGUCUUCUGUAGAGAGGUUUAUUUAUCGCGCUCGGAGCGAGACGUCGAGGCUGCUGACUUGGAUCGUCAUCUGGAGAGUAGUCUCCGCUAUGGUGUUCGUCCGGAUAUUACGACUACGCUACGUGCAAUUGGCGAGCAAGCCAAGCAGAAUGGCAAGAAGCGUGUAGCGGUGCUAGUUUGCGGUCCUCGAAGCAUGGUAAACGACGUGAUCAACAAGAGUUUGUCGCUCUCGUGGGAGAUAAAGGUGCGUUUCGACGUGCACAGCGAAGUGUUCGAGUUCUAA